AUGUCGAAUUAUUCCUCGGAUCCAAAGAGAUGGGUUGGUCGUCAAAAGCCACUGCAUGCAAUUCUUGGGGGAGGGACAGUUGCUGACAUAUUGUUAUGGAGGAAUAAGAAUUUAUCGGCUGCAAUACUUAUCGGAUUCACCGUAAUAUGGUUUCUGUUCGAGGUCGUGGAGUACAACUUUGUGACUCUUUUCUGCCAUGUCUCCCUGGCUGUGAUGUUAGUUGUGUUCGCUUGGUCUAAUGGGGCAAUAAUAGUUGACAGGAAUCCUCCUGAUUUACGAGCCCUUAUAAUUCCAGAGUCUUCAUUUCGUUGGUCGUUAACCAAAAUCAACAGGUUUUUGUUGAGAUUCUACGAUGUUUCUUCCGGUAAAGAUUUGAAGACCUUUUUCAUGGCCAUCGCGUUCCUAUGGAUAUUUUCAGGAAUUGGAAAUUACUUCAACUCCUUGAAUCUAUUGUACAUCGGUUUUCUUUGCCUGGCCACAUUACCGGCAUUGUACGAACGGUAUCGAGAUGAAGUGGAUUAUCUUGCAAGCGUAGGGAACAAGGAUAUGAAGAAAUUGUACAAGAAAUUUGAUACCAAGUUUUUAAACAAGAUUCCAAGAGGACCUGUUAAAGAAAAGAAGAGAUUCUGA